CUCAACGAUCUUGAAUCAACUUGGAAGAUGCAUUUCGCCAUUUCAUUAUUUGUUUUGCUGUCCAGCAGCCUGAUUUUGGCCCAGGAUGAUGGUAACGCCAUCACAGAAAAACCUGAUGAAACACAAUCAUGUCAACCUGACAUGUGUGAUCUCCUGAUGGCAUUCGGUGCCAUGAAAGAAAAGAUUGCAGUUAUGGAAACCAGGCUGAAGAACAGUGAAAGCAGGCUGAGGAACAGUGAAACCAGGCUGAAGGACAGUGAAAGCAGGCUGAAGGACAGUGAAAGCAGGCUGAAGGACAGCGAAAGCAGGCUGAAGGACAGUGAAAGCAGGCUGAAGGACAGCGAAAGCAGGCUGAAGGACAGCGAAAGCAGGCUGAAGGACAGUGAAACCAGGCUGAAGAACAGUGAAAGCAGGCUGAAUAGCAGUGAAAGCAGGCUGAGGAACAGUGAAAACCAGCUUCUGGAACUGAGGAACAAAGAAAGAACCAAGGUGAUAUUCAGUGCAGCAACAGGAGCAGGAGGAAAACACAUUGGACCGUUCAACACAAACAAAACUUUAAUCUAUAGAACAGUGAUAACAAACAUCGGUGAUGCCUACAGUCCACACACAGGUAUCUUUGUUGCCCCUGUUGCAGGUGUUUAUUACUUCACCAUCUUUUUUCAUGCUGGAGGACAUGAACGGGCAGGGUUGCUACUCUACAAGAACAAUCAACUCAUGAUUGUGACCGGUGAUCACCGAACAGAAGCUGACACAGCUGAUAAUGGAGGAAACGCAGCGUUCCUGCAGCUGCAGCCAGGAGACCAUGUGUAUGUGGUCUUGGCUGCAAACUCACAUGUUUGGGGAACCAACCACCACACAACCUUCAGUGGAUUCUUGGUCACGCAAAUGUAAGAAUCAAUGUAUCUCUGUAUCUAUGUAUAUCUCAGUUUGGUUGAAAAACAUGGAAGAAAAGACGAUACUACUGCCCCCAAAUUAUUGUUUGGUCGGAGGUGUUUACAGACUGCUGGUGUUUAGUCUGUUUAUGUCUCUGUUGGUGUGGACUGUGUCAGUUUGAUCACCAUGUUUUGUUUUUUUUUUGUUUUAUGUUUUUAUGAUAUAGCUGAUUGCUACCAUGGAGAUAAUAAAGUUGAAUUCUGAUCUUGA